GGGCGCUCUGAGUGCUCCCCGCGGGCGUCCCCGGGCGCGCCGACGCUGAGCCGGCAGGUAGCGGCGGGCGCCGGGGCUGCGCCACCCGACGAGCCAGGGCCGCCCGCGCCACGGGGCCGGCGUCGCCUCCCCGCCCCGGAGCCAUGGUGCGCGGAUCCCGCACGCCGCGCGCGGGACUCUGAGCCCCCGCCGCGCCGCGCGCCCACCGCCCUUGCCCGGCCUCGCCGCCGCCCCUGCGCGCGGGCCAUGGCGCCCGGGCCGGGAGCCCCUCGCCUCUGAGCUCCGCGCCCCCGCUGCAGCCCAGCGCCGCCCGCCCCAGCGAGCCCGGCCGCCGCGCCCCCACCCUCUCCCAGGGCGGCCCGGCGCGCCAGGAUGGCCCCGCGCAAAGUUCGCAGGAAGCGAGAGAUGCUGCCGCAGCAAGUUGGCUUCGUGUGCGCGGUGCUGGCCCUGCUGUGCUGCGCGACCGGCGUCUUUGGCAGCCUGGGACAUAAAGCAGCGUCCGUCAGCAAACAUGCUCUUCCAGACACAUGGAAAAAUAGAAAGCUGAUGGCACCAGUGAAUGGGACUCAGACAGCUAAGAACUGCACAGACCCUGCGAUUCAUGAGUUCCCUACGGACCUGUUCUCCAACAAGGAGCGACAGCAUGGAGCUGUCCUGCUGCAUAUCCUCGGUGCUCUGUACAUGUUCUACGCCUUGGCCAUAGUGUGCGAUGACUUUUUUGUGCCGUCUCUAGAGAAGAUCUGUGAGAAACUCCAUCUGAGUGAAGAUGUGGCCGGAGCCACCUUCAUGGCUGCAGGAAGCUCGACACCCGAGCUCUUCGCCUCUGUUAUUGGUGUGUUCAUCACCCAUGGAGACGUCGGGGUCGGGACCAUUGUGGGCUCUGCUGUGUUCAACAUCCUGUGUAUAAUCGGCGUGUGUGGAUUAUUCGCGGGGCAGGUGGUCCGUCUGACAUGGUGGGCCGUGUGCCGGGACUCCGUGUACUACACUCUCUCUGUCAUCGUGCUCAUUGCUUUCAUAUACGAUGAAGAAAUUGUGUGGUGGGAAGGACUGGUGCUCAUCGUCUUAUACGUGUUUUACAUUCUGAUCAUGAAGUACAACGUGAAGAUGCAGGCCUUUUUCACCAUCAAACAAAAGACUGUUGCAAACGGCAACACGGUCAACAGUGAGCUGGAGGAUGGUAAUGAUUACUGUGAUAGUAGCUCUGAUGACCCCUCCGUGCCAUUGCUGGGGCCAGUGAAGGAGGAGCCGCAGUACAGCAAGAACCCAGUGGUGAUGGUGGACGAGGUCAUGAGCUCCAGCCCUCCCAAGUUCAGCUUCCCGGAGGCAGGCUUACGCGUGAUGAUCACCAAUAAGUUUGGUCCCAGGACCCGACUGCGGAUGGCCAGCAGGAUCAUCAUUAACGAGCGGCAGAGGCUGAUCAACUCGGCAAAUGGUGUGAGCAGCAAGCCGCUUCAAAAUGGGAGACACGACAACAUUGAGAACGGAAACGUCCCUGUGGAAAACCCUGAAGACCCUCCGCGGGAGCAGGAGCAACAGCCCCCGCCACUGCCACCACCCCCGGAGCCAGAGCCGGUCGAGGUUACCUUCCUAUCCCCCUUCUCUGUGCCCGAGGCAAGAGGGGACAAAGCCAAGUGGGUGUUCACCUGGCCACUCAUCUUCCUCCUGUGCAUCACCAUCCCCAACUGCAGCAAGCCCCGCUGGGAGAAGUACUUCAUGGUCACGUUCAUCACAGCCACACUGUGGAUCGCUGUCUUCUCCUACCUAAUGGUGUGGCUGGUGACCAUCAUUGGGUACACACUGGGAAUCCCCGAUGUCAUCAUGGGCAUUACGUUCCUGGCAGCAGGCACGAGCGUCCCGGACUGCAUGGCCAGCUUAAUCGUGGCAAGACAAGGCCUUGGUGACAUGGCGGUGUCCAACACCAUAGGAAGCAACGUUUUCGACAUCCUGGUGGGACUCGGCAUACCAUGGGGCCUGCAGACCAUGGUCAUUAACUACGGGUCCACGGUAAAGAUCAACAGCCGGGGCCUGGUCUACUCGGUGGUGUUGCUGCUGGGCUCUGUCGCCCUCACUGUCCUCGGCAUCCACGUGAACAAGUGGAGGCUCGACCGGAAGCUGGGCAUGUGUGUGCUGGCCCUGUACGCCGUCUUCCUCUGCUUCUCCAUCAUGAUCGAGUUUAACGUCUUCACCUUCGUCAACUUGCCCAUGUGCCGAGAGGAUGAUUAGGGCCGAGCCACCCUGAGCUGCCCUGGGCCCCGAUGACCUCCCUUCCACCCGCCCCAGCGUGAGUGUCUCCUGCCUCCGUGGUCCCGGCCGCUCUUCACGCGCAGACGGAAGAGCCAUGGUGGUCGCCGACUGGGCGCGAGCCGGGGCCUCCUCCCCCUCCUCGUCCUCUUCGUCGUCCUCCUCCUCCGUGUCCUCGGAGCCCUGCCCUCCCCACACAAGCAAGUUUCGGGGCUGCCGUCUGAGCAUCCUGGCAGGUCCCUGAGCUGGCGGGCCCGGGGAGGCCCCUCGUGACACGUCAGUGAGGACUUCCUGUCACUGGGUGGCCAUCGGAGCUUGUGAGGUCCCGGGGCAGGUGCAAAGUGGGAAUGUGGUUCCGCAGCGUCGCCCCCAGGCUGGCGGGUAGGGGUCCCUUAGACCGCGUGUCCUUCGUGGACCCUCCUGCCUCUGACCUCGGCAGGCAGCGCUGGGCCUCAACCUGCAGGCGAGAGGGCCCAAGGGCACAACACUCCACCCCUUUCUCUGGAGAAACUAAAAUGCAAAUAGCGUCUCACAGCAGGAAAGAGAGAGCUUUCUCACCACUUUCAUCAAGGCGUUCAGAGAAUGAACGGUGAAAUGUUAAAAAUAAAAUGUCCUGGAGAUCAUCAUACUUGAAAAAGAAUCAUCCCAAAUGGAAAGGCUACGCUGGGCACCGAAGAAGAGCCCUCUUGGACACAAAAUCCCACGUGUAUCGUCGCGUUGCUCUGACGCUGAGCUACUGGUUUGGGAUCUAGGAGAGCCUGUGCAACUCUCCCUGGAUGCUAAUUCAGGGACACGGUGGGGGUGGCAGGUGACAGCCGUCCCAGCCCUUCCCUGGGAGGCGGUGCAGUGUCCUGUGGGGCCUGUCUUUCCUCUAUUAAACGCUGUCCUCUCUAAACCACUGUUGUGAGGCCCAGUUGUCCCAGUACCCAGCAGUGUUGUGGCCUGCCGGACUGACUGCAGGCCACAGGGUCGUGGUGGACGUUGAGAGGAGAUGUUUCCUGAAAGGCAAACAGCUGCUCUCUGUUACCUGGAGGCGGGUCUGAAAACUGGAACUUGGCACUUUUAGAGCUAAACUUCUCGAGCCUUAGAGUUGGCUCCAGGUGAAGAGCCCAGGAUGGGAGGCAGAGUCAAAAAAGAGAGAGAAAAAUAUCCAACAAUUUUUCACCUGCUUCGUAGCUCUCAAAUCAAUAUUAAAGAGAUUUAUGAACACAAACCAUCCGUGGUUUCUAAAAAAGGAAGCACAAUUAGUUUUAUAUAGAGGUGGGGUUUUUUAAUUUUUUAAAUAUUUCUAUUGCAAAAGUCUAUUGGAUUUGAUGCACUUUUAAUAACUGGGAUAUUUUGCACAGAAGAAUGUACGGGAGAAGCCCCAGGUAGUGUGAGGGAAGAGGGUGUUGGCGGAUUGGCUGGUCAUGAGUGGUGUGUGAGGAGCAGGAAUGCAGUCGCUUUUUCCUUCCUGAAACAAAGGUCGUGACCCGAGGUGGGAUGCAGGCUGCGCUUGCCGAGGGCCUCCUGAAUUCAGAAGGAGGAAGUGAUCGCAUCCGCAUCCGAGGCAGGCGGCCUGGUCACCAGGCUUCCGCUCGGGGUCCACGUCAGUGUUAGUGGCUCCACCGCACGGAGGCCCCUCUUGUUUCUCUAUCUGGACCAAGCUCAGUGGUCCCCCAGGUGGAAGCAGAGGUGAUGUUCCUGAGAAAUCAGCGAGGUGAGCGGGAGGCCAGGCCACCAGUGGGGCCGUCAGUGCAGAGUGGACACACGGGGACAUCAGAGCCCGGGCCUCGGCCUGGUCUCCCAAGCCCACCGGGGUUCCAAGCUGUGUCUGCUCCUCCUCAAUUCUCAUAAUGGCCCUGUGGUGUGAGGAGGGGUGAUCCUCCCUGUUUAACAGAAAGCACAGUCUUGACUGAGAGGAGGUGACCCCGGGUUAAUUGUCCGUGAACUGCGGCACAAAAGCCAAGCCGCCAGCUGUCCCCCUCCUGGUCACCCAGGGCUGGGCCGUCCUUGGUGCGGGGCGGGCGGGGACAGAGCUCUGCCCCAUGGGUGGUCCUCAUGGUUCAGGUCAAAACUGUGGUAGAUCUUACCUGACCCCUCGUGCCCUGGCGUGUGUCCUAAUGGCUGUCCCUCCCCAGCGCCCCUGGGGUUUUCCUGGUAAAGACCAAAAGAUGUUUUUGUCCUCUGAGCACAGGCCGUGUGGUCCCCUGACGUCAUCCUUGCCAGGCAGGGUUCACUUCUCUGAGUCCUCGCAGAGCUUUUAGAGAACAUGGAAUCCUGGCUCUUCCUCGGGAGAGUCUGUCCGAGGUGACACAGCGUCCUGCACCUGCAGUUUGAGGCUACAAAGUCGUGUUUCUAGUCCACGGAGCUCUCCUGCUGGCUGCUUCUCUUUUGACUGUGAUGUGCCAAUGCGACUUCCUUAAAGGGUCUAUGUAUUCAUUGUAUCCAGGAAACUCCAUAAACGCUGUAGGUGGAUGAUCCUCUUUUUAAACUAAACAUUUUUCCAUCACGAGUUGCAAGAAUUGCUUGAUUAAUUAGACCUUCAUUUUAAAAUAAUGGUUUUAUCACUACACAGAAUUACUCCCUUUAUUUUAUUCCCAAGGCUGAUUAGCGUGGGGCAAUCACUCUGCUUCAAAAAUAGGCAAUAAAAAAACAUAAGUAAGUCUAGCUCUUGUAAUUGGGAGCAAGAAAGAAACACGAAGAGCUGCAUGAUCAACAGUGUCUGCAGAGUCGGGAGCAGGUGCUUCCUGUCCGUCCCUAGGUUGGAGUCGCCCUCGGCAGCUCGGGCACAGACUGGGCCAAUAGGUGCGUGGUGUCUGGAAACAUGGCCCUGGAGGCAGGUUCUGGGUCGAUGAGGGGAAGAACAGAUGGCCAGGGCACGGUGGGCAGGGCAGGGGACCGAUCCUGCCAAUGUCCGCGCAUCCCCCUGGUGCGCAACUCCCAGCUCGUCGACGUUCCGCCUGGGUCUCGCUGUCACUGUCCCUCCACUGCUGUUACAGACCCAAAAGGCCAUAGGGCAUAGCCCUCCCUGGUGCAGUGGGCACCUGGGGCGGUCCUGCAGAUCCCCACCCGGGGGCCCCCGGGCUGCCCAGGAGUCUAGGUCCCCAAGGAGAGCUGCUCCUCUUGCCUUUUGAUGAGCUGCAGCUGGACCCCACUCAGGAGCACGGCCCUCGGGAUGCCAGGUCCACCCCGAACCAUGGUCUUGGAGGUGAGGGCAGCCCUUCACUACGCCCUUGCACCCUCCAGGCACUUCUCUCUCUCCUUGGGGCGGACAGGGAGUGGGUCUGCUCUGUGCCCCCCUGGGAAGGUAGGGGACCCUAGCCCCCGCGGCAGAUGCUGCGCCCAAGCUCCCCUCCUUCCCCAGCGGUGUUCAGGCCGGAGGGGCACUGCCUGUGCUUGGGGACAGCCCCCUGCGGGUGGCAGGAGGGACACGGGGGCCCCCGCGGCUUGGGCUGCUGCUGGUCAGCAGCCGUGGGGUUCAUACGGGCUGAGGCCCCGACCCUGAGCGGGCACUGAGCCCGGGAUCCCUUCCAUCCCACCCCGCACCCCCUCCUCCCCUCUGGCUGGACAGAUGGCUGUGCUGCAUCCGUGACAGGCUCUCGAACAGUGCGGGAACUUGCCUGUCAGGGUGAAAAUCAUCAGGAUAUUGUCGCGAUUAAACACUCCCGGGUCUAAGGCCCCCUGAGCACGACUUCUGUGUGUCCCUCUCCGCUUGGGUCAGCAGCACAUGAGUCCAGGGCACCUGACAGGAUUGUGCCCCUAGAAACUUUCAGAAAUUUCUGAAAAUGCUCUGUGGGCAGCUCUCAGGUGGCAGGAAGUCCAUCAGCUCCCCCAGCACACCCCCGAAGGGCUGCCCCCCCAACCCCACUCUCCCCAUGUGGAUUCCCCCGGAGUGUCUGGGCCCCCAGCAACUGUGGACAUGUGCUCCUGGGCCCUGGGGCUGGCCGUGGUGGGUCAGCGCCCAGAGAGGGGCUCCUGCAGCGCGGACACAGCUGCCCCCCGCAUGGGUCUUGCAAGGAGUGGGGCUGGAGGGCCUGCGGGGAAUCCACCCCUCCAACGCAGAGAGCAGCUGAACCAGGAGUCAGUAAGGGGGCUCGUGCAGGGUCCCCUCGCCAUGCUGUAGGAGACGUUCCCUGGGGCCACAGACCAGGGGCGUGGGUGUGGCUGCACUUGCUCCUGACCAGGGAUGCCUGAGUGGGGUGCCUGAUGGCGCCGGGGGGGGGAGACCCCAGCCUGUCCCAAUACCGCCUAGCUGCCAAGAAACAGGUGUCCACAUAAAAUGGGGAGGAUGGGACCUUUCCUCCCGUCCUGCCCCGUGGGUGGAGCUGCUUGGGCCAUGACCGCCAGGGAGCCAGCUGGCUGGUGUUAGAGCUUUUUUUAAACAAUUCUUGUGUUUGAAUGACAAAUUCCCUCUGUCUCUGCGGAACCCCCACAUGCGGCCAGGGGCUGGUGGCCCUGCUUUGGGUCACCUUUUAUCUUCUCGUUCCCAGGGUCUCCCCUCACCUCAUGCAGGUAUCCGUGUCCAGGGUCAGGGUCAGGUGUCCCACACAGGCUCCGCAACAGAGCCGAGGACAACGUCCCUUCCAGUCUGUGGAAAUGUCUGUGGUCUGAAUACCCUGACACAGACCCGGGGGUGAUGGGGGGCAGCUCCAAGAGCUGAAAAUACCCCCGUGCCUCCGUGAGAGUCUGCCCCUGGGUGUGGAGCUUCUCCGCCAUCAGAUUUGUGGGGCUGGGAUCAGUUGCUCCUUGGUUAAAGGCCUGAUGACAGACGUGGGCAUGACCCACACCUGCUCCCACUGUUGCCAGAAUUUAAACAGUUGCUUUUUAUGUAACAUGUUGGUUGGGACUUUUCCAUGGUCAAGGCCAACAAAACCCUUCAUCCUGGAGAAGGUACGAGCCCUCCCUACCACACCCCUGGAAAACAAGCUUUGUAAGCUGUCAAGAGAAAGUAAGGGCAGUCUGAGGUCUCUGGCUGCGCAGUCAGCUUUGUGCACAGAGGGAACGUCCCAGGCAAGGGCCCUCCCUGCUCCCCCUCCAGAGUUCCCAGGAUGGGAAGUCCUAGCGAUCCACACGGACAGUCUUCCUUAGGAGCAGGAGCAAGGCCUUCCUUUGCUGCACCGUCAGCCAGGCAGCUCUGCUUUUCCAACUCAAAUGUUCUAGUGGGGUUUUUCCUGGCCCUGGGGGCAUCCCUGUCACCCCCAGAGGCCCCUUCUGAGCUGUAAAACACGUCCCAGGGCUUCUUCCACGUGCUUGGAGCAAAGAUAUGGGGGUACCCAGCAGGACGAGCUGAGGCUGAGCCUCUGCGAGCAGCUUCUUGGGAGCUUCUGCUGGUUCCGAGCACGGUGCCCCCUGGUCCGCUGCUGCCCGCCUGGAGUACUUGCUGGGUGAACACAAAAAGAGCCUGAUGGCCAGAGAGGAAAGGGCUGCCGGCCAGGUGGGGCCAGGCCUGUGGGCAGAGGGAGGAGCGGCCAAGAGAAGGGCCAAGCAAGGCGAGGCCGGGAACAUCCCGGAUGCAGGGGAGGCCGACUGGGCAGAGGUCCCACAGGGCCGCGGGGUAUUCCUGGGGUCCGGCCACAACCUCCCAAACAGCAGAUAGAAUCGGACUCUCACGUCCAGGAAGCACCCCCUUGAAAACGACCAAAACCAAGGACUUCCGGGGCUUUUACGAGUCCCUGGAGUCCCCCCCCCCCCGCCCCGAGACGUUUCUGGCAUGUGGAGCCGAAUGCUGCGUCCUUGUUCAUUCCAACAGGCAAAGCAGGAGCGAUGAGCUGAAAAGUUGUAAAUAAUAAAUAUGUUUAUCUCACUAUUUAUUUUUUCAAUAACUGUGACCUCCCGCACUGUGAAUGCUCUGUGAUAUGACGCUCUUAGUUUAAUAAAACUGUCAUUAAAUUUGAA